UUCUGCAAAGUCCCCCGUUACGCAUCAAUUACGAGGCCUCUCUGCUCUGCGUCCUGCGUUGGAUAGCGCACUCCUCCGACCAGCAGCCCUUCCAAUCCAUCCAAGGCAGGUCAAUCGGCCUCCAGAGUACAGAUACCACCAGCCAGAUUCCAGUACUACCUCGACUACCUUGGAGCUCGUUACCACCAUUCUCUUGCACCCCUCCUAAUCGCAAUUGGCCGCCUAGUACAUAAUCGCCUACAAUGUCCCUCUUCGGAUCAUCACCACCGGCGGAUUCGCCCUCAAACACCUCUGCUGCACCCUCGCGAUCGCUGUUCGACGAAGGCUCCAUGUCAAAGUCCGGCUCCAAUUCCCUCUUCACCGACGACGAUCUCGCCGGAGCCGAGAGCUCGCCCUGGGACAUGCCCACUCCGAGGAAGAAGCAGUCGCGCGCCGAUGUCGUCCGUAACCUCUUAUCCGCCUCCGACGUGCCCGAGCCCUACAUUGAGACCUUUGACACAGUCGUGCGCGAAGAUGGCAGCGGAGGGCGCGUCAACGCCGGUGGCAUAGCCAAGCUAUUCGCUGCUGCGCGCCUGGGAGCCGACCAGCAGGCGCAGAUCAUGUCCAUGGUUGUGCCAGCUGCAGGUGGCGACAUUGAUGUCGGACGCGGCGAGUUCAACGUCCUGCUGGCUCUUAUUGCCCUGUCACAGGAGGGCGACCACAUCAGCCUCGACACCGUCGACGAGCGACGCAGAAAUCUCCCACUCCCCAAGCUCGCCGGCUUGACUGCUGCUCCCGUGAUGCCUCCCGUCUCCGAGCUUGCUGCCAAACCUCCUCAAGCCCCUGCAACCCCCGUCCAAGAUACCCCAUCGCCGCCCUCACCGCCGCCGCCGCAGCCCACCACUCUGCGCCGACCUCCGAUGGACUUCCCAGAGCCAGAGGACCCAUGGAACUCUCCCGAUGUACACAAGGGCCACGCGCACGCCAUCGCCGAGUCCCCCAGUAGAACCAACGGCGCCAGCCCCCAGCGCCCGGCAGCAAAUGGCAAUGGUAAUGGCAACGGCAACGGCCACUAUAGCACGUCUCCGAACACCGCUAUCGCCGGUCGAACCAUGUCUUCCUACACAUCUGCGGCCAUCGGCUCAGAGAGAAGUUCCGGGCGCCAGGAUGUAAAUACUGGGACAUCCCCGGGUGGUGGAUGGGGUGGCUAUUUUGACGGCAACACCACGGGAGGCGGCUUCAGCGAGCCGCCCCCCAACAACCAAGUCACAAGUCCCUUUGGUGGUGCAAGCGGUGGACGCGACGCGAAUCUGAACACCGCGACCGUGCCAUCUCUGCGGCCCGCCGUGAGCGGUCGUUCGGGAAGCUCUGUUGAGGAGAACGUCGUCGUCACGUUGAUGCCGGAGAAGGAAGGUCUCUUCAUGUUCCAACAUCACAACUACGAGGUUGCGAGCGUCCGACGGGGCAGCAAGGUUAUCAGGCGGUACAGCGACUUUGUGUGGCUUUUGGACUGCCUGCACAAGCGGUAUCCGUUCAGGGCCCUCCCUCUACUGCCGCCUAAGCGUGUUGCUGUCAACGGCAACCACUUCUCGAACGACGGCGCGUUCAUCGAGAAGCGCCGCAGAGGCCUGGCGAGGUUCCUCAACGCCCUUGUCCGGCAUCCCAUCCUGAGCCAGGAACAGCUCAUCAUCAUGUUCCUCACUGUCCCGACUGAACUGGCUGUAUGGCGCAAGCAGGCCACCAUUUCCGUCCAAGACGAAUUCUCAGGACGUGCCCUGCCGCCCAACCUGGAAGACUCGUUGCCGCCCACCCUCGAGGGCAUGUUUGAGAAGACGCGCUCCGGCAUCAGACGGUCAGCCGAGCUGUACAUUAACAUCUGUAACGUCAUGGAUCGCCUGGUGAAGCGCAGUGAGGGAGUCGCCGCGGACCACGCUCGCAUCGCCAUGUCUCUGACUUCCCUCACUGAAACGAGCGCCGACACAUACGCCAGCGACACCAACGAUGUUCCUCUGCUCAAUGAUGGCCUGACAUCCAUGAGCAGACAUCUGAGAACGUGCCAGACGCUUUUGGAAGAUGAGAGCAAGGCCUGGGAUGAGGGUGUGUUGGAGGAUCUGAAGCGCCAGCGAGACGCCCUCGUGAGCAUCCGUGACUUGUUCGAUCGCAGAGAACGUCUGGACAAGGACAAUAUUCCCUACCUCGAACGGAGGAUUCAGACGAAUGAGACCAAGUUGGCCAGUCUUCGCAGCAAGCCUGACGGCAUGGUCAAGCCUGGUGAGAUUGAGAAGGUGGUUGAGUCGAUUCUCAAGGACAAGGAGUCUAUCGUCAACCAGCACAACCGAUCUAUCUUUGUCAAGGAGUGCAUCCGUGACGAGCUCAUCUACUUCCAGACCACCCAGUUUCACGUCUCGCGCUGGAACCAGGACUGGGCCCAAGAACGCGUCAAGUACUCUGAGAUGCUGGCCGAUAACUGGCGCCGUCUCCUCGAUGAGCUUGAUGGCAUGCCCCUUGGCGACUAAUUACCUUUCCUCCGCACUUUGCCCCUUUCACAUGAACGUAUCGGUUUUGCAUAUGAGCGUCUAUUCACUACUGGCGUUCUGGUCUUUCCUCUUCAUCCGCCGGAAUUAUUCCGACUCUUGCGUUGGACUGUGUCAGCAA